CCACCGUGUUCUCGGCACACUCGACUGAGAAAGAUGGCCCGUUCAGUACUAGUCGUAGUCGCAGUAGCUUUUUUGGUGGUUUUCACGGGGAGGUCCUCUGCUCAUCAGCUCUCCGCCGGUUUUUAUUCUGAAAGUUGUCCCAACGUCUUUGGCGUCGUGAAAUCGGUGGUUCAAAAUGAGGUUUCAAAAGAACGCCGCCUUGGUGCUUCUCUCCUUCGCCUCUUCUUUCAUGACUGUUUCGUCAAUGGUUGCGACGGGUCGGUACUUCUGGAUGACACUUCCUCUUCCAAAGGCGAGAAGACAGCAGGUCCCAACAAUGGAUCCCUCAGGGGUUUUGAGGUGGUUGAUAACAUCAAGUCCGCAGUGGAGAAAAAAUGCCCAGGAGUAGUGUCAUGUGCUGAUAUCUUAGCCAUUGCUUCUCGCGAUUCUGUUGUAAUUCUUGGAGGGCCUAAUUGGGAUGUUAAACUUGGAAGAAGAGACGCAAAGACAGCCAGCUUUUCUGCUGCCAACAGUGGAGUCAUCCCUCCUCCUAGUUCUAACCUUACCGACCUCAUCAAAAGAUACCGAGCUCAAGGUCUCUCUCCCAAAGACUUGGUUGCCUUGUCUGGAGCUCACACAAUUGGUCAAGCGAGGUGUGUAAGCUUCAGAGAUCACAUAUAUAAAGACAACGAUAUUGAUAGUUCAUUUGCGAAGAUCAGACAAGGCAAUUGUCCAAGAUCUAGUGGCUCAGGAGACGGCAAUCUUGCCCCUCUAGACCUCCAAACUCCUACUGCUUUUGACAACAACUACUUCAAGAACCUCGUCAACCGGAAGGGUCUUCUCCACUCUGAUCAAGUAUUAUUUGACGGUGGAUCCACCGAUUCAUUGGUCAAAACCUACAGCAACGACGCUAGUGUCUUCAGUUGUGACUUCAUCACCGCAAUGAUCAAAAUGGGAGACAUAAAGCCCCUCACUGGAUUGAGUGGUGAGAUUAGAAAGAACUGUAGGAAGAUUAAUUAAGGGAGAUCGAUCAUAUUCAUGAUCAUACCCAGCCCACUAAAAAUUAAAUAAUGGAGAUGACUCUAGCAAAAGAUUGGAAUUGAAAUGAAUUAAUGAAUAUUAUCAAUUUCUCGCCUGACAAGAAGGCGAAUCGUGGUUGUUUGUGAGAUAAUGUACUUUUAUCAAGAAGUUGGUAAUGUGACUUAUUUGUCGAACGUUGGGUCUUAGGCUGUGUUUGGAUUACUGCAAUAAAUUAAAGAAAAGAUAUAAUCUUCUAGUGGAA